AAAAAUUCGAAUGAUACAUGCGUCCCCACCGCCGCAACUGCCCCUUCAUCUGCGUUCCCCACCGCCGUCGCGACCCAACUUCCCGCCCCAUCCAGUGCUAGAGAUAGAGAGAGAAGAGAGAUGAAAACCUAGGGUUUUCAGAUUUGAAAGAAGAAGAAGAAGGAGAGGGAUAAGAACCACCAUCUCCAACCACCGCGAGCCCCUCCUCCGCCGCUGCGUCUCCUCCACCAUCGCGAGAGAGAGAGAGAGAGAGAGAGAAGACGAAGAAGAAGUUGCGAUUCACAGGGAGGUCAGAUAGCAGUGGUGGAGACUCGUUCUCUGCCAUUCACGGCAGAUUCGUCCAUUUCAGAUGGAAGAACUGAUGAAGAACCAGAUGUUUGCUACACAUGCAGUUGCUGCUGCAGGUUCAGUCACAUUGGGCACUGCCCUCACUUACCCUCUUGAUACUAUCAAAGUCCUUAUACAGGUAGGGUCAGUUUCUAAUAAACAGCUGACUACAGCUCAGGUUCUUGAUAGAGUUAAAACUUUAUCAGGACAUGCAGGUUUGUACAGUGGUUUUGGGUGGUUAAUGUUGGGAAGGAUUUUAGGUGCUGGCGCUCGCUUUGGUACUUAUGAAAUUUUGACAGCUUUUUAUAAAGAUGGUCGAGAAGACAAUUAUGUGCAUGUCUCUGAGGCCUUUAUGGCAGGAAUUGCAGCUGGUGCUGUGGAAUCAGUUGUAAGCUCUCCAUUUGAACUUAUUAAACUUCGUGCACAGGUGAAUUCGGCUUCUCGCAUUCCGAGUUCUGACACUGUUACAGCAAGGACUGCUGUUUCACCUUUGCUUGCAAGACUAUUACCUGGAUAUUCACCUGACAUGAGGACAUUGAACCACUCUGUUAGCCUUUUGUCCACUCUUACCUCCAAGCAUCCUAAUAUAAUUGGUGGCCUAAAAGAGUACCCAUGGAUGAUGACUGGAUCUGGCAGGCCACCUUCUGUCUGCGAUGUUAGAAGGCCAUUAGACAUCAUCUCUUUGGAAGGAUGGGGUGCUUUAUGGAGAGAUCUCCGGUCAGGAGUAGUUCGGGACUCCAUUUUUGGUGGCAUAUUCUUUUCAAGCUGGCAAUUUUUACAUCGAGCAAUGCUUGACUGGAAAGCAGUUGAUAUGGAUCCUUCACCCAGGUCUGAUGAAGAAAUUGGUCCAUUGUCUCCUCUUGCUGUUAGUCUUGCAGCUGGUUUUUCUGGAUCAGUUGCUGCCGCUGCAUCUCAUUGUUUUGACACUGCAAAAAGUAGAUCACAAUGUAUUGUGCUGCCCAAGUAUAUAUCCAUGGAGAGGAGGCUUCUCAAAUGGAGGCUACCGGGGAAGAGGUUUGAGCGACUUACAGGAAUCCACCCUGCGGAUAGGAAUAUUUUGUUUCGUGGCAUUGGUUUGCGGAUGGCUCGAAGUGGAAUUGCAUCAUUCGUGAUUGUGGGAGGUUACUUCUUGGGUAUUAAUCAUUUGGUAUCGAAAUGAACAAUUUCAUAGUGAAUUUCCUGUACGGAAAAUUGAGCGUGCUUUCUUUCACAUGGUGGCUAGGGAGAAUUCAUAGAGCUUUACAUUAGUUCUUUGUGUCCUUAAAAUUGAAAUUGCAUAAUGUAAACAUUUCAUAUGUAAGUCCAGUCCAGAACUAUUUUGGUUUUGGCUAGAUAAAGUUGGCAUAGCUUGAAAAUGUGGCAGCUAGUCUGGUGUUGAUGCUGCUUGUACAACAGCAUUUUUGGUUCCAAAAGUAGGGGAAUUUUUUUUCUUCUUCUCAAUGGAACAAUAAAACCUACUUUUUAGGAGGGUUGUAAAUCUACAGAGUUGAGCUGAGUAGUGAGUUGCUAAAACUUGAUUUGAACUAACAAGUUUUAGAAAUGCGUUCAAGUUUGGUUUGGUUGUUGGUGAU